UAGCUAUAAAAGUUAUAUUUUAACUUUCUUGAGUUAUCUUUUGGAUAGAAAUACCGCCGUGAGACAGAAAAAGAACAGUCUGCAAAAGAGACUUUCUGUCAUAAUGCCUAUAAAAUGGCUUUCAACUCUUCUACUGUUAGAGCUAAGUUGUUAUUUUAGUUAUGGGACUUGUGGAAAGGUGCUGGUGUGGCCCACAGAACACAGCCAUUGGAUGAACAUAAAUGCAAUCAUGGAAGAGCUUAUACAAAGAGGUCAUGAAGUGAUUGUUCUGGCAUCUCCAAAUAUGUUUUUUGGUUCCAACAAAUCAUCUGCUAUUAAAUUUGAGAUUUACCCAUCAUCUUUGUCCAAGGAAAAUUAUGAGGCUAUUUUCAAGAAAUUUAUUACUACAUGGAUAUAUGAUAUGCCAAAAAAUUCAGCUUGGGCAUAUCUCUCAAAAAUGCAAGAUCUCCUUUGGGAACAUUUUGAUUAUGUUGAACAGAAUUGUAAAAAUGUAGUUUUUAACAAGAAAUUGAUGCAAAAACUACAAGACUCAAGGUUUGAUCUUGUUUUUGCUGAUGCUGUUGGACCCUGUGGUGAGCUUCUGGCUGAAAUACUUAAAGUACCUCUAAUGUACACUCUCCAUAUUUCACUUGGAUUUGAACUUGAAAAGUAUAGUGGAGGACUUCCACUCCCACCAUCUUAUGUUCCUGUUGCUAUUUCAGAAUUGAGUAGUUCAAUGACAUUCAUGGAGAGAGUGAAAAAUAUGAUGUAUGUGCUUUAUUUUGACUUUUGGUACCAGAUGUUAAAUGAGAAGAAAUGGAAUCAGUUUUAUAGUGAGGCAUUAGGAAGACCCACUAAAAUAUAUGAACUAAUGGCAAAAGCUGAAAUAUGGCUGAUUAGAACAUAUUGGGAUUAUCAGUUUCCUCACCCAAUCUUACCAAAUUUUGAAUUUGUGGGAGGACUCCUCUGCAAACCUGCUGAACCCUUACCUAAGGAAAUGGAAGAAUUUGUACAGAGCUCUGGUGAAAAUGGCAUUGUGGUGUUCAGUCUGGGAUCAAUGAUUUCUAAUAUGCCUGAAGAAAAAGCCAACAUGUUUGCAUCAGCCCUAGCACAGAUUCCACAAAAGGUUAUAUGGAGGUUUGAUGGCAAGAAGCCUGAAACUUUAGGAACCAAUACUCGUAUAUAUAAAUGGAUACCCCAGAAUGAUCUUCUUGGUCAUCCUAAAACCAAAGCUUUUGUAACUCAUGGUGGUUCCAAUGGCAUCUAUGAAGCAAUUUACCAUGGGAUUCCUAUGGUGGGUAUUCCUCUGUGUUCUGAUCAACCUUAUAACAUCGCCCACAUAAAGGCUAAAGGAGCAGCUAUCGGAGUAGAUUUCGAAACAAUGUCAAGCUCAGAUUUCCUCAGUGCACUGAAUACAGUCAUCAGUGAUCCCUCAUAUAAGCAAAAUGUACUGAAAUUAAAGGCCAUUCAUCAUGACCAGCCAGUAAAGCCUCUAGACAGGGCAGUGUUCUGGACUGAGUUUGUCAUGCGCCACAAAGGAGCCAAACACCUGAGGCCCGCCUCCCAUGAGCUCAACCUGUUCCAGUACCACUCCUUGGAUGUGAUUGGGUUCCUGCUGGCCUGUGUGGCAGCUGCUCUGUGGGUCAUCACAAAAUGCUGCCUGUGUUGUUGCCGGAUGUUUUCUAAAACCGGAAAGAAGAAAAAGAGAGAGUAGUUGAAUCUGAUUCCUCCAAUUGAUGGAAGAAAAUAGUGAAGUGAUCUGAA